AUGUAUUGGGAGGACCUUGUCAAGGAACUAGACGCUCUCCUACAUGAAAACCAGUACUUUUACUUGUCCGCAGCUCCACAUCUUUUCAUACCAGAUUACUACCUCGACAAAGCUAUUAAGACUGGUCUUCUAGAUUAUGUGUUUGUUCGGUUCUACGAUAAACCUGCAUGUCAAGGCUCACUUUUUAGUUUAUGGGACGAUUGGACCUCCUACGUUCUUCCAAAUAAUACCGUGUUCUUGGGAUUAAAAGCUGCGCCUGGUGAUUGCUAUAUACCACCAUGGUUUCUCAUUGAUGUGGUGCUUCCCUAUGUAAAGCAAGCUUCUAACUAUGGAGGAGUCAUGUUAUGGGGCAGAGCCGGUGAUGUUCAAAAUAAUUACAGCGAUGAGAUAAAGGAUUAUGUUCCAAAAGAUGCGUUACGGUUUGUGACAGCAGUUUCGGACGCAAUUUAUGAAGGCGUGUGUGCAGCUUUCCACCACAUCUUACCCAACAAACUUUUCUAG